AUGGCUGAACAACAAGUCUGGCUCAUCACAGGAGCAUCCCGUAGCUUAGGCCUCCAUAUAGCUAAAAGCGCCCUAAAAGCUGGCCAUAAAGUCAUCGCUGGCUACCGCAACAAGGCCAAAGUCGGCGACGCCUUCGCAGAAGUCGAAGCCCUCGGUGGAAGUUGGUUGCAGUUGGACGUAGCUAGCGAUGAUGUAGAAGCCAAGGUUCAAUCCGUCAUCGACGAAUACGGACGAAUCGAUGUCCUAGUCAACAACGCCGGAUAUGGUUUAUUCGGAAGUAUCGAGGAGACGAGCGUCCAGCAAAUCGAAGAUAUCUUCAAGGUAAACUUCACCGGCUCCGUACGAACGAUGAAAGCCGUCUUACCAUCCAUGCGAACCCGCCGUUCCGGCACCAUCGUCAACCUAAGUAGCUCGUUAGCCGUUAGCGCACACGGUGGCUUCGGACCUUACUCGGCAACUAAGUUCGCUCUCGAAGGUAUUUCCGAGUCUCUCCAAGGAGAAGUAGCUGCAUUCGGCAUCCGCGUGCUAGUCAUCGAGCCCGGGAUGAUGGACACCGAUUUCAUCGACCCAGCAGGUACUAGUAUUCUAGUACCGCUGACAGAUCUCUACAAAGGUACGGGUGUCGAGUCGUCGCAUACAUUCCUGUUUGCGCCCGGAUUCCUCGACACAGCUUCAAGACCAGCCAAGGUUGCUGACCGAAUUGUCGAGGCUGUUGAUGGCACAGGAGCAUUCGCCAAUAGGAAAUUAAGCCUCAUGAUCCCACUUGGGAGAGAAUGCGGUUGGGGAAUGGCGAAGCGGGCCGAGACAUUGAAUCAUCUUGUAAAGGAUAUGGCCGAAGUCUGGGAGACCUGUUAUGAUUAA